GAUACUCCCUCCGAGGGAGCAGUGCCUUGCCCUACUGGCUCCUCCGCCUGUGCCCCCAGCCAUCGGAGAGCCGCCGCAAAACCGCGCGCCCGCCGCCCACCGACAGGUCCUCCCAUGCCUCCUCCCGCGCCGCCGACCACCGUAGCCCUCCUCGCGAACCCGCCCAGAACAACACUCCCCCGGACCCUCUCCUCGCCUUCCACUCACUCCACUCACCUCUCCAUGUCCAUUUCCUCCCACCGCCCCCGCACCGCGCCCCUCGCCGCGGCCGGCGGAAGUGGCGCGGCGUCCCCGUCCCUCCUCGCCGCCGACCCGGCCCGCCGCGACGCGGUAAUCCUCGCCGCGCGCGGCGCAAUGGCCAACUGCCUCGGCGAGACCCACCUCGACCUCGUCGUCCCCGGGCUCCGGCUCGCCGCCAAAGGCAAGGUAAGGGAUGUCUACGAGAGCGGGGAGCACCUGGUGCUGGUUACUACCGACCGUCAGAGCGCGUUCGACCGGGUCCUUGCCUCCAUCCCUUUUAAAGGGCAGGUUCUUAAUGAGACAAGCCUUUGGUGGUUCAACAGGACAAGGCACAUCACUCCAAAUGCGGUGGUCUCUUGUCCUGACAAGAAUGUGACAAUUGCCAAAAGGUGCUCAGUUUUUCCAGUUGAAUUUGUCGUGAGGGGAUUCGUCACUGGAAGCACUGAUACAUCACUAUGGACAGUUUAUAACAAUGGUGUGAGGAAUUACUGUGGAAAUGUUAUUCCUGAUGGCAUGGUAAAGAAUCAAAAGCUAGCAGCAAAUAUCCUCACGCCAACAACUAAGGCUGCUGAUCAUGAUGUCCCUGUCACUCCUGAUGAGAUAAUAAAGUCAGGGCUAAUGUCAAAGGAAGAUUUUGAUGAAGCAAGAAGUAAAGCUUUAAGCUUAUUUGAAUAUGGACAGCAAGUGGCCUUAGAGAAUGGAGUGAUUCUAGUUGACACCAAGUAUGAAUUUGGAAAAACAGCAGACGGCACAGUUAUGUUGAUUGAUGAGGUACAUACACCUGAUUCCAGCCGAUACUGGAUUGCUAAUUCAUAUGAAGAGAGAUUCAAAUCUGGUCUGGAACCUGAAAAUGUUGACAAGGAGUUCCUAAGGCUGUGGUUUAAGAAUAAUUGCAAUCCAUACAAAGACCCGGUUCUACCAGAAGCUCCGGAAGAACUAGUUUGCGAACUUGCUUGGCGGUACAUAUUCCUCUUUGAAACAAUUACAAAUACCAAGUUCGAGAUCCCAGAAAUACAGGAACCUAUUCAUGAAAGGAUAUCAAGGAACGUGACACAAGCCUUAAGGAAUCUAUAAUUGCGAAUGCUGUAACAAAGCACUUGUUCAUGGCGACAAGAGGCUCACUAUUGCUUACUAUGUGCACAUGAGAUGUAUCCUUCCCAAGGUUGGAUUGAUUUUCGUCCGAAGCUAUGCUCGGUUAUUGCAGUUGUAUUAAUCUCCAUCCUCCCGGCCUUUGUGAAUGAAUUACACAAAGCUCCUGAUGUGAUAUGGUGAUAGAAUAAUUGGUCAUGUUUCUGUUUGUGAGCUUUUCGGCAUGCUCCCCUGACCACUAGUAUUAACUUCCCCAUGUCUGCAGCUUUGGAGAAGAAUAAAUGGAACAUGCAACCUUCGUCUUUUUUU